AAACAAGGCCUUGUCCAACAAUGUUCCAUUUUACACAAUUCAUUAUACUCCUAUUGGUUGUAUUGCUUUGUCAGCUCUCGCUUUUUCUACAUAUUUUUCCAUUUCAUAUCAUCCAACACCAGGGCAUCCAUAUCUGUGCACCAACUUAAAGCUCUUUUAA